AUGUGUCCGGAAAAAAUUCGAGGAGAAAUUAGUGAUUUAACGCGAGAUAAUCCUGCAGAGUCCGAAAGUUUGAUUCGAAAGCUGUAUAAACGCAUCUCAUCCUUGCAAGAUACCGGUGAGAAAGAGAAUCUGCUUGAUGAGCUGGAAGGUGUCGCCAUCUGGGGAUUGCAAGAGGACCUGAAGAAAAUGUUAAAAGAAAAUGGGUUGCACCUAGAAGCGUUACCCCUGGUCUUGAAAUACCUGACAAAUACAGGAGAGCUUGCGGAAUAUUUGUACAGACAUUCUGAAGAGGAUUUAGAGAAGGAAGGAUUGGCCAGUGUAAACAAGCGGCUUCGACCACAUCUUGAAGUGCUUGGAGGCCUCAUUGCUGAAGGAGUUGAUAUCACAAAGGAAUGGGUGAAAAGGCUUUGUAAGAAAGCUCCGUCAUUUAAGGCACUUUCUCGGCUAGAAUCAAGCAAACUUCAGUCUUACUGCCAAGGAGCUGAUGACGGAGAAAUGGACCAAGUUCGCAAGCUGGUUGAAACUGCUAAGUUUAACGGAAAAAAAAAGCCCCCCAACGUUUCACAAGAUGAUGGGCUCGUGCAAAACACCAAAGCAACGAAAGCUGUAGAUGAAGCAAAUCUAAAGAAGGCGAAAGAACUGAUGAAUGAAGCUAAAAUAUUGGCUACAGACAAAUCGGAAACAGCAAAGAAGACCGUCAACGACAAAAUAAAAUUAAUUAUGGAAAGAAUGGAGCUACCUUUAGAUUGGUUCAAGCAAGAUCAAAUGCAACCAGAUCAAAUGUUUCAACAGUUAGAUCAGAUAAUUGACCAAUGCAGCGCAGUUGUGGAAUCAGAUGAAAUUUACAAGAACGCGGUAGAAAUGAUCACCAAAGCCAGUGCUGGGAAGGCACUAUUCGGAAUUUAUCAUUCUGAAUAUGAAGUACCAAAACCAGCGGGCAGACCACUUCUCCUGCCACCAACAGAUGUGUCAUUAACCAAUCCAAGCAUAUCUAAGGAUAUGAAGUUUAUGAAGUUCUCCGCCCAAGGAGCAGCUGCAGAUUACAUCCAAACUGUUGAGUCCUUAAAUACAAAUAUUGGUCUCGCUAAAGCUGGUCUUUCAGGCUUACUCUUUGGUGAGGUACAAGGAGCUCGUGGUUUUGAGCAGCAGAAACAAUUUCAUGGUUCUUUCGAAGAACAGUUAACCAGUGUGUCUGUCCUUCAUUACAUCCGGACGCCAACAAGAUCCUUUUUGCUCGAACGUUACCAAAUAAACCUUUGUGAAUCAGCAAGGGCAAUGGCAAGAUCCAUUGUUCAAGAUACUGAAAUGGACAAGGUCCAACAGCAAAAGAGAGCUCGCUUGUUCCUUCAACGUUUUGGGAGUCAUUUUCCAGCCGGUGUUCAGACUCUUGGUGGCGUGUUUUUCAGCAUCGCCGAUGCCGAAAGCGAAGGAGCAACAAAGAAAUUCGAGCUAGUGGAGGCAGCUACGGAUUAUCUUAAAGUGAAAAUGUCUGCUGGAUUUCUUGGGGUCUUCAAUAUUGGAAGAAGUAUUUCUGGUGAAUACACCUGGUAUAAAGGUAGUAAUGAGGGAAAGUACAAGGAAAGGCGUGACAAAGUCUUUACCUACUCUGUCAGAUCCAUUGGGCCUACAGCAACAAACAACAUUACUUUUCAGAAACUUCUGUCUUACAACUCAACCUGGGCUUUGAUCGACCGAGGGCCUGUUGAAGGGUACAUACCAGUAUGGGAACUGUUAAAAGAUCUUGGCAGUGAGUACGAAACAGCAGCUAAUGUCCUGGAAGAAAUUUGGCAGUGUGACGAAAAGGAAAGGAAAGCUCGAAAGAUCGCAAAAGAUGAGUUGUUGCUUUUGAAGGAAAACAUCAUUGCGGGGACGAGACAGCUUCCGCGUGCAGAACUCAACUUAUUUAAGGAAACUCAAGUUUACACUCAAAAGCUUUAUUACAUAGCAGAUGUCUUUGAUGACGCGAUAGAAUUUAUCAUGGAAGACGUGCAGAACAAUAUCUGUGAGGUUAUUUGCGACCGAUUAGCCUUCUUGUCGUUUCGACUUCCUUUCACUUUGCGAUGCCAUAAAGUUACUAAAUUUUCAACCAGUGCGUCUGUUCUUCAUUACACCCGGACGCCAACAAGAUCAUUUUUGCUGGAACGUAACCAAAUAAAGCUUUGUGAAUCAGCAAGGGAAAUGGCAAGAUCCAUUGUUCAAGAUACUGAAAUAGACAAGGUCCAACAGCAAGACAUGGCUCGCGAAUUCUUUAAACGUUUUGGGAGUCAUUUUCCGGCCGGUGCUCAGACUCUUGGUGGCGUGUUUUUCAGCAUCGCCGAUGCUGAAAGCAAAGGAGCAAAAGAGAAAUUCGAGCUAAUGAAGGCAGCUACGGAUUAUCUUAAAGUGAAAAUGUCUGCUGGAUUUCUUGGGAUCUUCAAUAUUGGAGGAAGUAUUGCUGGUGAGCACACUUCGUCUAAAGGUAGUAAUGUGGGAAAGUACAAGGAAAGUCGUGACGAAGUCUUUACCCUCUCUGUCAGAUCCAUUGGGCCUACAGCAACAAACAUCAGUACUUUUCAGAAACUUCUGUCUUACAACUCAACCUGGGCUUUGAUUGACCGUGGGCCUGUUGAAGGGUACAUACCAGUAUGGGAACUGUUAAAAGAUCUUGGCGGUGAGUACGAAACAGCAGCUGACGUCCUGGAAAACAUUUGGCAGUGUGACGAAGAGAAAAAGAAAAAUCGAAAGAUCGCAAAAGAUGAGUUGUUGCUUAUGAAGGAAGGCUUCAUCGCGGGGGUAAGAAUGGCUAAACUUAAGUAUUAGAGGUAAAGAUAGAACAGGUCUUUAAUCAUCGAGUGUUCCCUACUCUUUCUAAGUCAAAAAUUCUAUUUUUUUGUUUUGUUUGUAAGUUGUGGUGCUACUAGAUAUUAUUUACCCGAGAUUUAAUCUAGUGACCGAAGGCGGUAGGACGUUUGGAAUUACUGCUUGCCAACUCUAGAACUGCUCAAGCCUGGUACUCAAGAAUUGCGGAUUAACAGAAUAUUUUAAGACUAAUCAUAGAAACAUCCACCACGGUAAAUAUUCACCAAGAUUCAUCCGUUAAGUGAAAAACUAUUACCUCAGACUUGAAAAUGCUUCCCUCGGUCUGCUUACAUUUAAAGUGCUCUCAAAGGAAUUCGCGUCAGCCGUUACUAUGACAUUCAUGAAUCAAUUAGCUAGUCGAUGAAUGAAUUUACAAUCAAACAUUUAUCCAGUAUUUUAACAUUUUAAGCAAUAUUUGUCACGAUGUAGCCUUUUUGGAACUUAAGUUAUGUACUUGUUUUACGUUCUCUUUUCUGUUUCCAGACGAGACAGCUUCCUCGUACAACACUCAACUUAUUUCGGAAAACUC